GACACACAGACACCUCCUGCGGUGCUGCUGAGGGACAAAAUGUGGCUGCGAGAGGAGCUUUUGAAAUCCAUAUGGCACGCAUUCACAGCCCUGGACGUGGAUCAGCGUGGAAAAGUCUCCAAGUCUCAGUUAAAGGUGCUGUCUCAUAAUCUGUGCACAGUGAUGAAGAUCCCACAUGACCCUGUGGCCCUUGAAGAGCAUUUCAAAGAUAACGAUGAAGGGCCUCUCUCCAACCAGGGCUACAUGCCUUACCUCAACAGGUUUAUUCUUGACAAGGUAUGUGGGGAUUUCGACAUAACGGAGUUCAACAGGAUGUGCUGGACACUUUGUUACAAGAAAAAUAUACACACAAAACAUUUGCUCAUCUCAGAUAAUGACGCUUUCAAAGUGUGGUGCAUUUUCAACUUUCUGUCAGAGGACAGAUACCCGCUAGUCAUCGUCAUGGAAGAGAUCGAGUACUUCUUGCGAAAGCUCACAGAAGCCAUGGGGACUGUUUGGAGUAAAGAGAGCUUUGCAGAAUAUAAGCAGCGUCAGAACUCGAAGAACUUCCUGACUGCCUGGGAGCUGAUCGAACUGGUGGGAAUGGGUUACUUCAGCAAAGGCUUAAACCGCCAGAUCCUGUCCAUGGGCAUCAAUGAGGUCUUCAAUGAGCUCAUACUGGACGUUCUCAAGGAGGGAUACAUGAUGAAAAAGGGGCACGUCAGGAAGAACUGGACCGAGCGCUGGUUCGUCCUCCGACCCACCUCACUGUCGUACUAUGUGUGUGAGGAUCUCGAGGAGAAGAAAGGAGACAUAAUUCUGGACCAAAGCUGCUGUGUGGAGUCGCUGCCAGAUAAAGAAGGGAAGAAAUGCCUUUUUAUUAUAAAGUGUGCUGACAAAAGCUUUGAGAUCAGCGCGUCAGAUAAAAAGAAGAAGCAGGAGUGGAUUCAAGCUAUUCAAACGUGCAUCCAGCAGCUGAGGCUGGGGCUGCUGUCUCCUCACCGCGAGGCCCGGCUCAGGCGCCGGGAGCUCCGGCAGAGGCAGCAGGUGGAGGAAAACGACCUGGCAGAGAGAAUGAGGCAACUCCAGGCGGCCAAUGAGAGCAAACAGAGAGAGCUGGAAGCCAUGAGAAUGAAAAUGGAAGAGGCUGCGGCUAAAGCGGUGCUGGAGGAGCAGAGGAGGAAGCAGACUCAGUUAGAUCUGCAGGAUCGCUACAGACUGGACUUGGAGAGAGAGAAGAUGGUGCGUCAGCAGAUGGAGGAGCAGGUGGCCCAGAAGUCCAGUGAACUGGAGCAGUACCUGCAGCGCGUCAGAGAGCUGGAGGACAUGUACCACCGGCUGGAGGAGGCCUUAGAGGAUGAGAGGCAGGCCAAGCAGGAUGAGGAGGCCAUGCGGAAGCUGCAGGCCAGCCUGCUGGAAGAGGAGGCAGCCAAGAGGGCAGAACUGGAGCGGAUCCAACAGCAGCAGCAGAGGGCGCUGUCUCAGACCGAGGCAGAGAAGCAGGAGCUAAUGGCCGAGCAGCUGGCCAAGGAGAGAGACCUGCAAGCAGCCGUGCAGCAGCUGGAGAGGCUGCAGAGGGAGCGGAAGGGAGCAGUGAAGCAAUAUGAGGAAGUGACGAGGAAACUUGAGCGAGCAGCUAACAAGACUAAGACUUGGAAAGACAAGGUGGCCAAGCACGAGGGGCUGGUGCGUCUUAUCCAGCCAGGUCACAAAGAACCGCAGAGGAUCACUAACUGGGGUCCUGCAUCGUUCACUGACACUGAGCUGGAUCUGAAGAAGAAGUUGUGGCAGGAGCGUAAGAACAAGGGAGCUCAGACUCAGUGAUUUAUACAUGGAUAAUUCAGUGUUUGUGUCCGAAGUCACCCGACUGUUCACUGCUUUGCUAGUUUCUGUAUAAGAAACACUAUCAGUGAUAGCCUUUUUUUGGAGGCCAGGUAAUCAUAUACCUAAAAAACAAUAAAAAUAAUAAAAUGCUCACAACUUAACA